GUUGUGAUAACACUUUGUUUUUUUUUCUUCUCACUUUAUUUUUAUGACAUGAGAUCAAAAUUAUUCAAUCUAUUUUUGAAUUAAUUUCAAGUUUUUCAUUUAUGUGAUGUGUUAUUUUGUAAUUUUGUGAGCUUGCUACCAAGUAUUCGAAACAGAAGAGCUUGAUUCUCACUUCAAGAGGAGGUCAUUAUUCAAGAUUUCGUGUAUUACAUUCGGUGAUUUAUUUUUAGAAUAAUUUCCAUUCAUACGAGAAUUUAUUCAUCCAGCACAAGAAAUUUGCUGAAAAAUUCAUAAAUGCGUGAAUAAAAGAACGGUGGAGGUAAUCAUGAGAAAAAUCCUUGAACAAGAGUUGAAUUCCAUCAUUUCAGAAGAAGGAUUUGCUUUUGAUGAAAAUAGCAUAGGAAACACAUCGUCUGAAGCGUCACAUUGUAGCUUCUUAUCGAAUAAUUUAUGUGAUAGAACACCUGUUAAGCGUUCUACAGAACUGUCCAGCGAACAAGUACCAAAAAUGCAAAAGAAUAUGAGUAAUAUUGGGUUCAACAGUGAUAUUAGUAUUUUUCACAUGCUAUGCCAAGUUAUGGAAAGUAUUCAACGUUUAGAAACCAAAGUUGAUGAAAUACAGAACGUGUUGACUGAUUUAACCGAACGUCCUGGAGUGAAAACGUGUACGCAUAGCGAUAUAAAUACCACAAUAAAAAAUAUUUGCCAAAAUAAAAGAAAAAUUCUGAAAGAAGAAAGUCCAGCUUCCGAUGAUAAAACGGUCACUUGGCGAAGCGGUCUUGGAUUACCGGUUGCUACUGUCAGUGAUGUUGAAUCUGUUAAUCAGAAAUUGAAUAAUGUUGAUUAUCUCAAUGAAUUUAGAACGUUAUUACGACAUUGCAGUUCCAGAGGAAUCGGUCUGAACGAGAAAUUGAAAUUGAUACUAAAGGAAGCUCUGGGUAACGAAAUAGGAGGAUUAUACAAUCUCACUGGCACGUGCGGUAAACGAAGUAUCGAAAAAACUGAACUUUUCAACGCUAUUCAAAACUACAUUAUGGAAAUUUAUGGCGCUACAAAUGAAACUCGGCGAGCUGUGAAGUUGGUGUUCCACAGAUUUUUGAAAAAUCAGCAAGAUCGUAUUACAAAAGCUGCGAAAUGUAAAAUCAUGGAAUCAACUAUUGCCGCAUUUGAAUCUUCCAACAGAGAAAAUACUAUGAAUGACCCAGUGGAACGGAACAGCGUAGAAACUGUAAAAGCAGAUCGUAAUAUUAGAUCGGUUCCUGAUCGAAGUAAUUGUGAUUCAACUCAGAAAACGACAGAAAAAAAACCUUUUCAUCGUAAUUAUUACAACGAAACAUUUUGCAACGAGUUACCACUGAAACGACAAAUAAAUGAUUUAGAGGGUCACAUGGUUGAAGAAAUGAAUAGAAACGUUGAAAGUUCUAAUUUUGAUCAGAAUCUGAACAAAUGUCUACUGUACGACACAGCAUGGAUCAGUAAUAACAAUAAUAACAGUAGUAAUAAUAACUAUGCCAGUGCUCGCCUUGUUUCUGGUGAAAAUCCGUUAUUAGAGGGGGAACAUUUUUUUAAAAUUGAAAAUGGUGACGAAGAACAAAUGAAUAUUGAAGAUAAUUUAGGCAAUGAACACACUUUGCGUAAAAAGUCUCUGAAAUGAUGGCGAGGAAAGAACGGUGCUAUAAAUUCAACGAAAUGGCUUGAAACUUGAAUCAGUGUUGCUCCUAAGCAUGCCUUGUCGUAUAACUAUAUCUUCUAAAGAGAUUGAGUUUCUUUUUCAGUGGAUCAUACACGUAUGAUAAAACUUAAACCUGCGUAAGUGAUAUAUAUCCGUAUUAAGCAUUAUUUUUUAAUUUUAUUGAUUUACUCUUUCGUACUAUUUAAUAAGGGAAAAGUCUAUCUUGGAGUGGAGAUAUCUUUUCUAGGUGCAUUAACUUUUGGUAUUAUGAAAAUCUUACCUUUAAUUAUUCUGUUCAUUUGUUUUAAAGAGAAUUAUUUAGUAAUCACAUGUAACUUUUGCAUAAGGAAAUAUUAUGAAAUCGUAAGAUGUGAUAUGUUAUAUUCUGUUAUGUUUUUAUACAUUAAAUUUUUUCGAGAAA